UUUAUGUAAAUGAGUCUUCCGUUUUCACGUCAUCGACGUGCAAAAGAUUUUUUUUCAUGUUUCGCCAAAACGCUCGCCAGUUAAAUUGAGACAGGUUAUGAAAACUAAUACUGCAGGAGGACAACACAACGUACUGAGAACUACUUAAGAAACUAGACUCAACCUAACAAAGCCUGCUAAUCUAACUGGCGGGUAUGCAGCGGGUGGUAGUCGAGGAAUUUUUGCAUAUGUCCAAAACACACAACCGUAAAAUUACAACUAAUAACAAGAGCAACUACAAACCACUUGUCUCUAUUUAUUCGGUUCUGUGUUAAACCGUUGGUUUAAGAAUGGCGGAGCGCUUGGAAAGCGUCCAGGUAAACCCAAGUUUAAGCCAACUGAUGACGGGCGGAAUUUCUUCUCUGAAAGAAAUUCUAAAAAAAGUGGAACUUCCCUUGCAAAACGCCUUCCUAUCAGGACUUGUUUUGGGGUUGAAGGAGUUCUUGAACAAGUUGGUUUUCAAGUGCCCUGAACGCUACCAUAGAUUGUAUAGCAUGUUGUUUAUAUUUGUUCCAGUGGUGGCGUUCUUCUGUUUCGCGCUGAUAAUCUCAACGUCAUUUUGGAAGAUGGUAGCAGGGUGCUGUCGUCUUCCUACACAUCUUCGUCGAGUUAUCUGGCAACGCUCGAGAAGAUUCGUGUACCUCAGCACCCUCCCUCCCAUAGUGUGGCUUCUGUUUGCUCUAUUUGAUACGAAGUAUUACGUCUGUGCAAAGCUGGGUUCACUGGAGGCUCGACUUAAUAAAACUACGUCAGAUGAAUAUCCUGAAAUUUUAACCGAGUUCGAAGCUGCUAACACGGAGUCACAGGUCAUUGGAUUUAUUCUGCUGUCGGUUACGAUCCUUUUUGCGACGAUUUUAAUCUCCCUCGAUCGAUGUUUUUCCAGGUCCAAUACGGGAAUAAAAAAUGAACAGGAAUACGAGCAUUAUCUGGCCGAAGAAGAAAUCAGGUUGUUCAACCAGAAGGUAAAACCUUUAGCAAAAGAACAAGCUAAAGUGCAAGUGGAAGCUUUGUUUGAGAAAUACAAAGAGACAGGCGACAAUGAAGAGAUCAUACGUCAGAUAUCAAAACACAUAGCAGUAGAUUUCCCUUGGGCGUCAACUUACCAAGCUUAACAAUUAGAGUCAUGCCAACUUCCGUUUUCGUGAUAUCGACCCAACAAUCAGAAGCAACCUUUACCAAGGAAAACUGAUUCAACGCAAAAACUUUCACCGCCAUAAGACCACUCUUGUGAACGAGGCAUCAAAAUGAAACGCUCUAUUUAAAGCUCCGCUAAAAUUAACAUUGACCUCUCACGGCUUUCGCAACUGUAUCAUGACAUUUACCCAGCAAUCAGUUUGCGUUCAAUGCGACCCGUGUUCAUGGACAACACUCCAAUGCCCCUAAAAGACCACUUAAUCAGGUUUCUCAAAUUCUCACUCAAACAUAACAAGUGAUUGAUCAGUGUAAGAGGAGCUAAACCAAAUGAAAAUAUCUCUUUGGCUGGUUUUCGCCAAAGAAAGGUUUCCAGGGCAAGAAACAUCACAAUAAUGGCAAAUAACCACGCUUUUCUUUUUCGUCAACAUUUCGAAAACAGUCAAGCUUUCAAACUAUGCCUCAUUUUCCAUUUGAUGACGUCUUGUCUGUGACGUUAUGACGUUACAUACGGUUCGUUCAUAAUAAGUUUCUUUUUCUUUUAAACAUCGACAAUUAGUGCAUACCUCGAACAUGCCUGAAACUCCGGUACUGUUUGAAGAGAGUCACAGCUGUUUUCUCUCUAAUAGCCGAGAGAGGUGGAUAGAAAAAACUGCCUCGCUGGUGCGAUUAUGGGGGAGAAUAGCACGGAGAGCCUGGGAAGCAUUUUUUAUGUUCAUACCAUCGAUAUCACGCAAGAAAGGAACAAUUGAUUAUUCUCAGCCGCCAGAAAUAACAACUCAGACUGUGAUUUUAUUACAAUGACAUAACACACUUUCAAUGACAAAAAAAAAAAAACUUACGGCCUUGAACUGAAAUACCUCUCUCUUAAUCGACAUUAUUUUCCUCCCAAACAUAUUAAGUGCUCUAUGUGUCGUCAAGUACAUUUUAAUGAAAGCAACUGCUCAUUA